AAUAUAUUAUGUCAUGUCACCACCACGUAUCAUAUUAAUCGUAUUUAAAGCGUAAAUUAUCAUAUUAUUAUUUUGCAUUGGAAACAGCGCACCGUCCUCACACUACAUUUACUGUCCGAUAGCCGAUUUCGUCGGACGUCCGCCCGGAACAAUUAUACCAGUGUCGAAUAAUAACCGGCAAUCGUCGACCGUUGUGCAAUAUUCGGAAAAACGUUACGAAAUGAAGACUGCUGCUACGACGAUAUUGUUGGUUUUCACCUUUUCCGUCCAACACUCGUUUUCGGCCGGGGAUUUGGAAAGCACGUUAAACCAUUGUUGUAACACGGGAAAAACGUGGAGUAUGGAAAAAAAAUCUUGCAAUAUCACUCUGUCGUUCCCUUUGUUCAACGUCAACGUCGAACACAAUACGAUGUGUCUGACCACGGUUGGGGCGUGUUGUUUGCAGUCGUUGAGAGAAAUACGAUGUAACGAGGGGAAACAGGUCGGGCUGGAAAAUGGAAUUUGCAACGAAAAACCGCAAAUGGGAAGAAAUCAAGUGGAUUUCAUGAUGUGCUGUGAAAUAUGUAAAAUCGGUGUUGCUGUUGGUUCAACAAAAACGAUAUGUCAAUCAACUCCAUUGUUUCACGAACAUCAAUGGGGUGAAGUGUAUCAGUCAUGCUGCAGUAUAGCUACUACAAAAGUAAAAUCAAUUUCGACAGAAACAAAAAAAAAAUAUGUGGCAGCUGCUGAAUCAAAUGAUUGUACUCUUGGAACACAUAGUUGCACGUCCAGCGAAAUAUGUAUAAGCACAAAUAACGGAUUUGAAUGUCAACCACGCCUGCUACCAUUGACGAUGUCAAUGGUCCCUGAAAAAUUAACCAUGUACAAAAAAAAACAAAUUUGUGACCCUGGAUAUGCUUAUAAUGUGUAUGGACAAAAAUGCGAAGAUAUAGAUGAAUGUUCUCAACAACCCUGCGAAAUAAAUGAACAGUGCAAAAAUUUACCUGGAAGCUAUAAAUGUCAUUGUAAAAGUGGUUAUCAAUUGGACAAAGUAACCAAUGCAUGCACAGAUAUAAACGAGUGCCAAUUAAACUUGCACACGUGUCAAGAAUCUCAGCGAUGUGACAAUACGGCUGGUUCAUUUCAAUGUAUACGUUUCACCGGAUGCGGAACAGGGUACACGCUCGACGUCGAAUCCGCUUCAUGCAUAGACGACGACGAAUGUGCACUGAAGACAGACACCUGUGGCGUUUUGGGCCCGGAUUGGAUCUGCAGAAAUACACUGGGUUCCUUUCGGUGCGAUAAGAAACGUUGCACGGGGCCGAAUUGCCGAGUUAUUCAAGGAGCUUUUAACAACACGAAUCAAAGCAAUCGAAGUAGCGUGAGAUGCCUUCGGGGUUACGAAACGGACCAAAACAAUAAGUGCACAGACAUAAACGAAUGCAGAUUGGCCAAUCGGUGCUUGAAAAAUGAAAUGUGUAUCAACACGAAUGGAAGUUACUACUGUUUGCCCAGAUCAAAAAAUUCUUUGCGGUGAAUGUAAAAAUAUAUUAUGUUAUAAUAAUAUAAUAUUAAUGUAUACCAACAAGUUUUAUUUUUAUUAAAAGUAAAUGUAUGUUUAUAUGUUUAAUUGUUCUAAUUACGGCCUAUAAUUAACAAUCCUAAUCAUAAAAAAUCAAAUCAAAAAUCGGCCAGUUCAUUAAUUUUAAUUUUAAUAAUCAAUUUGAUUAUAUAACUAAGAGGACGUUACACAGAUAUAUUUAAAUAUUUUGUUGUCUCCGUCUUACAAGUGCGUAACAUACCAAAUUUUACGCUCAGCAGAUCACGUUUAGCUCCGUUAGAUUAAAAAUUAUAAUGAAUUUACUUCUUACAUAAUUUAAUAAAAGGUUAUUAUGCAGGGCAUCUCAUAGGCCUAUUGUUAUAUUUGUAUUUUAAAGAAAGUUAUGAUUAUUUUAAAAUUGUAAAUUGUUUGUAUAUCUUAAAAUAUAACUAUAACUCACUUUAAAAUUAAAAUAUAACAAAAAUCCUAUGAAAUAUUCUAGAUAAUAAUCUUACGUUUAAAUUUGAUAAGAGGUCAAUUUUAUCUAAUUUUUAAACUAACGGUGCUAACCUUUUAUGUUAUACAUACGUAUGUUAUAUUGUUGUAAGACGGAGAGAACAAAUGUCGAAUUGGAAUUGUAUAACUACAAUUAAUCAUUAUUUAUCACUAUAAAACUGUAAAACGAUGUUUGUAGCCUAUAUAAUAUAUAUUAUACAAUUUUUUUUUAAUGUUAAUAGCAAUUCUCAAGAUUGGUUGUAGCUCAGAUAAAUGUAUUAAAGUUUAGGUUAAUUGUUUUUAAUAUGAUAAUAUAUUAUGUUAUACCGAUA